AUGUACGCCCUCGGGGGCUCGGUACUGCAGCGUGCGCGGUUACUGGGGACCCGGUUCUUCUACCGCUUCGGCAUUCACUGCGCAACCCACCAAAUUCGACUUAUCUUGGUCUCUUCCGUUGUGAUCACCUCCCUCCUCUUCCCCGCCAUCGCCAUCUACUACUCGUCUCAGACCCAGUACUUCUCCGGCUUCACCCUCCGCGUCCUCGAUUCCUUCCUGACUCCAGACGACAUCUCAAGCUACUUCGCGCAACGUGAUUUGCAGCAUCUAUGGGAAGGAGACUCUGCUCUUCGCGUGAGAGGUGACUCAGUUGCUCGGGCGCGAUGUGGCAUGGAAGGCAUAUUGCGCGAGGAACGUGUACUGGUCGGCGCCGUCUCCCCCGAAGACGUGUUUGGAGCACUCGACAAGAACACGCUUCUCGCCACGCUGCAACUCGAACGCCGCAUUGCCGAAGCUAUGACGGCGCGUGGCAUCCCCUGCCUGCGUACCCGACAAGGUUCCUGCUUCUCCCUCAGCCCCUCUGCGUUCUGGGAUUGGGACGAACGGGCUCUGCUGGCCGACGAUAACAUCUUGGAUACGCUCAAUCUAUCGCCGAACGUGUCUGUGUCUGGGGUGCCGAUCACGCCGGAGAUGGUCCUGGCCGGACGGGAGCUGCGUGACCCGACAUCGAACCACUUUGACGCCGCAACUUUCCUCGUGCUGACAUACUUCUUCCCGGAGACAGACUGCUUCGGAAAGGAGCGGCGCUUUCAGUGGUUGCACGCGCUCGAGGACGCCGGCGGCUCUGCUGGAGAAUUGGUCGUACUCGCACAGGAGCCUCACCUCAUAGCGCUGGAGUACCAGAAGAAUGUGUCUCUUCGCAGCCGCUUCUCGGUCCUCUCCUUCUUCCCCUAUUUGGCGUACUCUGCGUUCGCCAUCUACUGCUUUCGCUUGUUCCGACGGCUGAACAUGGUACACUCUCGCCUGGGUCUCGCAUUCACCGGCAUUGUCGAGAUCGUGGUCAGCACGAUCACGAGCGUUAGCGUUUGUGCCCUGGUCGGUUUCCGGGUCACGAUGGUGCCUUGGGAAGUCUUCCCCAUCAUCGUCCUGUUUAUCGGGGUCGAGAACAUGUGCAGUAUCGUCGAUGCGGUAGUCAGAACUUCCAUCUCUCUGCCUGUGAAGGAACGCAUCGCCCAGGGUUUGAGUCACGCCGGGACGUCCAACACGCUCAAGGUGGUGUCUUACAAUGCAGUCCUCGGUGUCAUCGCUGGGCUGUCGACGGGCGCGAUCCGACAGUUCUGCGCGUUCUCGAUCGUCGUCCUCGUGGCGCACUGGUUCCUGGUCCACACGUUCUUUGUGACCGUUGUGUCUAUUGACAUCCAGCGCUUGGAGCUUGACGAGCUUUUACGUCAGAACGCCAGCUUGACCCCAACGGUUAUCACAGACCCUCGGAAGGCUACCGCCCAGCCUUCGAAGUCCAAGGCUGGCUCGCUUUGGGCCACUCUGCAGGGCCUGAUUCGAGGCAGACCUGCAAAGAACAUUAGUUUAUUGCUGUUGCUGGCUAUCACGGCUACACUCUAUUAUGCGACCUCUCCGCAAGCGGUCGGGAGCAAACAGCCCACGAAGCCGCAUGCUACACGCAACCCGCUCUCGCAACUAUCCAAGACCCACAAUGCUGCACCAGAUGACGUGUCUCCCGCACAACGUGUUUGGCAGACUCUCAACCCGUCCGGCGACCCCUUGAUUCACAUCCGCUUGGAGUCACCUACGAUCCUCGUCUUGGGUCAGAGCGAGCACAACCAACUCCUAGACGAUCUCACGACUGACACUGAUAAACAUACUCGCCCACGCUUCUCGCGUGUAUCACGCCUAUGGACUCGGACUGUGCGGCCGGUGGUGUGGCUGCUAAAGUUCUUCGUAAUGCCUAUCACGGUGACCACUGUGGUCCUCUACGGCAUUUUACUGUACUUGCUGAAGGACGCUGAACUCCUCGAAGCCCAGCGCCACGCCGCCGAGCCCGAGUCCCCUCCGGCAGAAGAAACGUCAUCGGUAGAAGACUCGAUAUCCUUCAACACCUUGCCGCGGGCCUUCGCAACGGACGUAGAUCUCAUUGCCACCAGCCGGGACGGGAAGGUUAUCGCGACGGUGGGUUUGCAGAACGAGUUCGUCAUCUGGCGAACAGACACCCAAUCACACGUUGCCGUUGACACCUCAAACUUCCUGCUCGGAGCCAGCAGCACACCCUCUGCAUCGACGACACUCACUGCGAUCGCCGUGAACGAUACCGGGGACAUCUGUGCUGUCGGAACUGGCUCUGGGGCGAUCGCAGUGUUCCUCAUCGGGAAGGACCAGAUCAAGCCCCUCCCGCUUUUCCAUCUCGAUCAUCUCACAUCUGGCACCACCGCCAUCUACUUCACGGGGUCUCUGAAGUUCGCGGCCAACACUGCGUCCAGGCGUGCUGUGGACGCGACAGAGCUUUCGUGCCAUUUGUACGCGGCAUACGAGAACGGCGCGGUCGUCGAGUGGGAUAUUCUGUCCGCCACCAACCCCCACUACGUUACCCCUUCGCGCGCCGCCUCCGUCGUGAAGUCUAUGCUCCUCCCGAUUCAAGCGGACGGCCGCUUGCUCGUCGGAUUUUGCCUCGACGAUGGGGUGCUCGAGCUGUGCAACGUCGAGCGCGCGAACCCUGUGUUCGCGGGCGACUGCGCUAUCUCCGCCGGCAACCCUGCAGAUCUCGUGUCCAGGGCGCAUAUAUGCAGUGUCGAGCUCGAUGGCGCGAAGAGGAUCAUCGUGGGCGCGGCCACGCAAGCGGGUGCAAUCUCACUAUGGGACCUGGACACGCGCGAGUGCCUGUUCAUCCUCGAGGGCCCGUUCGGGAACAUCAACAGCCUGAAGAUCUCCCCCGUCAAUACUGCAACGUGCACGACCUGCGGCGAGCUCCCAAUGGAGAAUUUUUCUAUCACGUUCUCCGUCGGGCAUAUCGUCCAGUUCUACCGCGCCUACCUGACUCUGCCGACGCGGCGGUGCUCAUGUCCGCGCAACCUCCCGCAACAGGCCCCGCGCUCUAGUUUGCUCACGCUACGCUCGAGAAGCGGGAGCAGCGCAUCCGUCGGGUCCGGUACGAACACCCCUCGGGUGCGAUCGCGAAUGCCGUCGGUGUCCACAACGCCGCCCAGCGACUUCCCAGUUUCCGGCCACGGCGUACAUUCGCGGCGAGCGUCGGAGAAGGACGGCCUACGCCGGACCUCGGAGACGUUCUUCCUUAACAACGCCGACUACUACGAGUACGAUGCGCCGAUUGGCCCGCAGGACGUCACGCCCGCGUCGAGCUUCCUCGCGUCGCAUCCGCAACCGUCGAUCUGGCAGAGCCUCGUCGUCGUGCGCGUCGCAGACGCGACUGUCGAGCGGGGCAGCUGGGACGUUGGGUAUGACAAGAUCGUCGGCAUCCGACGGCGUCCGCGGCCCCCAUUGCCGAAGCGCACCAAUCACGACCCGAAGACGCAGCUCUUGCAGGAGCACGCAAGCGGGCUGAGCCCCGCGUCGCUGGAGCGGUGGGAGCUGUGGACGUUCGACCCCGCGGAAGGCCGCCUGCAAGCGUCGCCGCUCAUUGCGCUCAGUCACGACACGCCGUCUACCCGACGAAGGGUGUCCGAGGAGGGGCGCGGUUCGCGCGGAGGCGCUGCGCCUGCGGGCAUGCCGCGGCGCAAGGGUGUGGUCCCCCGCCUGCACUUCACGCGGGUGGCGCCGUUCCUGAGCACGCCUGGCUUCUGCGUGGCCGGGUUCGGGAAUACCGUCGGGCUCUUCAGGUUUCACUGCCAGGCUGGCAAGCCGGUGCGACCGUCCAAGCCGCCGAAGGAGAGCAGGCACGGGAGUGCGAAGGUCGAGUGAUUGCACGGCCUCUUCGGGCUGGGCAGGUAUCUGGCGUCGAUGUUGUAAAUCUGUAUCUUACUCUGCUCUUGUAUAAUUCACCACGGCGCGUUAGCCUAGAAUCACAGUCUCCGCUAUCCUAUGUACUCAUGCUGUCGUCCGGCUAUGGAGUUCCUUUUGUAUAGUGUACUCGAGUAUUGGCCAUAGGUUCUGCACUCGCAUUAUGUAGGUUUGCUUCGCACACCUUGAUUACUGGCCUCACGCCGUAACGAGUCCAAAUCGUCACUUAUUUCUUCGGUUCAUUGUCCCAGGGUCGCAGAAACAUACAGCU